AUGUACGGAGAACUAGGCAAUAAACUGGUCCAACACGCCAAACGCACGCAAUCCCUCGCACACCUCCCACCCUACCAAACCGAGCUCGUCCGUACCGUCGCGCGCGAAGUUCGUGAUCUCGAUCGCGAUGUCGCCCACCUCCUUGCCCCCUUCGAAGGAGGCUUCAACCCGUCCCAAGCGCCAGCUGUCGCGUGCGCCCUGUUGGUCGACCAUCUCUGCAUCCGGCGCAACAAGCGCUGUCUCCUCGCGUACCAUCGCGUGCGGACUGAGAAGUUGGAGGAGUUAUGCUGGAAGGGCAUUGAUGUGCUAGAGCAGCAAGCGGCGGCGGCGUCUGCGAUGGCGGGGUUGGACGAUGGGUCCGCCGGCAGCGGUGGUCAGAACAACGGGGACGAGAGCUCGCUGAGCCCCGAUGAGGAGGAGUACUUUCGGCAGUAUAGUGACAUGCUGGCUACGUAUAAGGGCCAAUGGACGGAUAUUGAUCUUACGGGGAGUCUGGAGCCGCCCAGGGAUUUGUUUAUCGAUGUGAGGGUUUUGAGGGAUGCGGGGGAGAUUCAGACGGAGUAUGGGGUCAUUAAUUUGACGAAGAACAGCCAGCUCUAUGUGCGACAUGGCGAUGUGGAACGGCUUAUAGCACAGGGGUUUUUGGAGCGGCUGAACUGA